CACGGCCCUGCGCCUUCUCUGUCGACGCACGUGACUGACAGCAUGUUCUGUCGCCGCCUUUUGCUCCGCCGGUCCGUGGGGACGAUCUCUCUGCGCUUCGCACACACUACAGCAUCUAUCCCAGCAGCAGAAACAGUGCUUCAAGCGGUCAAGCCAACGAACGAUGAUGCAGCUAUCCACGUCACGUGGAAAGACGGCGUGUCGUCCACAUUUCAUCGUGCGUGGCUGCGCGACAACUGCACGUGUCCGUCGUGUCAACAUCCCACGACCCUCCAGCGGCAAAUCCUCACGUCUGCCAUUCCCCUCCAUCCCACGGGACACGCAUCGCUCCAUGCCAACAAUUCUGUACUCUCCAUCGAUUGGGACGACGUUGUGAGCGGCUCGGACUGCGUGCGGAGUGAAUUCCCUGCGACUUGGUUGCGAGAACAUGCAUAUGGGAUUCCCUCCGACGGGUAUGACAGCCGGCAUUAUCGGCAGCAGCGUGUGGACACGAAGUCGUUGUGGGGUAACGAUUUCACGCUUCCAUCUACAACGUACGACGCCAUGAUGGAUAAUGGAAGCGGUGGCUUCAAGGACGGGAUGGCCCAACUGCAGAAGUUUGGCGUGCUGUUGAUCAAACACACUCCGUCAAGCAUGGACGCGACGGAAGCAUUUGCACGGCGCAUUGGGUUCGUUCUGGAAACCAUCUACGGUCGCAUGUGGACCACACGCCCCGUGAAUCCCGAGAACGCGUACAAAGACACGGCGUCGACCAACUUGGCGCUGGGACCGCACACCGACUGCACGUACCUGUACGAACCGCCGGGUCUUCAAAUCUUCAACUGCGUCCUGCAGGCUGCCGCCGCAAACGCAGACGAAGGCGCGAGUCGCUUCGUCGAUGGCUUCCACGUCGUCGAGUGGUUGCGGAAGUACGCGCCGGACGCGUUCCAGUUUUUCUGCGACACGGCGUUACCGCAAUACUGUGUUGACGAUGACGUGUCGUUGCAUGUGAUGCGGCCGCUGAUCCAGCGAGAUGGCGCGGGGAACGUCGAGUUGGUCCGGUUCAACGACUACGACCGCGCGCCGCUCACGCACUUGAGCCACGACCAAGUGGCCGCCUACUAUAAACACCACAAGACGUUGUGGGACGUGAUCAACGCGGGUGAAGUGGUGUACAAAAUGGACGAAGGCGACAUGAUUGUCGUGGAUAAUCACCGCGUGAUGCAUGGCCGACAUGCGUUUCAAGGCGAGCGGGCGCUCAUUGGAUGCUACAUUGGCCGGUCCGAGUACGACUCUCGACUGCGCACGUUGGGGUUGCUGUGACAGGAUGGAUGUAUAGAUGUACUUACUGUUAACAAGGUACAUUUGGUACGUAUUACAGGCUUAACGGAUAAUUAUCCGGAUGGAUCAUAUAUGGGAGUACAUAUUCACCAUACAAUAAACUGUAUAAAUCAAUACUCAAUAUUGUAAAGAUGAAUGAAAAUUGUGUAUUGUGCUUUCGAGUGAAA